GGAGAAUUGAAGACGUCUUUUCGACAAUUUACAUCUCUUCUCUUUACCACCAUUCCCACCACCAUCUCCGACCAUUUCCUCUUCUCAUGCCUCAAGACCGUCUUUCUCCCGAGACUGUUGUCGCUAUUGAUGACUAUCUAAAACCAAAUGUCGACCACAUCGUGAAAAGACAUGAUCUGUUCAGAAAGUUCAAGGACGAUAUUGAGCAGCACGAAGGCGGAUACGACAGUUUCACCAAGGGAUAUCUGAAGUUUGGGCUAAACGUUGGAUCCAAUGGAGAAGUUGUCUACAGAGAAUGGGCUCCAAAUGCACGAGAAGCAUUUUUGAUCGGUGACUUCAAUGGCUGGAACAGGACAUCCCACCCCAUGAAGAAAAACCAGUUCGGUAUUUGGGAGAUUGCAGUCCCUCCGUCGUCGCCAGGUGUCUGUGCCAUUCCACACGAUUCCAAGAUCAAGAUCUCGAUGAUUCUCCCAUCAGGAGAGCGUAUCGAACGCAUUCCAGCGUGGAUCAAACGCGUCACUCAGGAGCUCAGCGUUUCACCUGUUUAUGAUGCGCGCUUUUGGAAUCCGCCUGAAUCUGAGAAGCACAAGUUCAAAAAUCCCCGCCCAUCCUACCCUAAAGAUGCCAGAAUCUAUGAAGCGCAUGUCGGUAUCUCGACUUCAGAACCAAGAGUAGGGUCGUAUAAAGAAUUUACGGCGAAUGUCUUGCGACGCAUCAAGAAUCUUGGCUACAAUGUCAUCCAAUUGAUGGCCAUCAUGGAGCAUGCUUACUAUGCCUCUUUCGGGUACCAGGUGACUAGUUUCUUCGCCGCAAGCUCACGAUAUGGAACUCCGGAAGAGCUGAAAGAGCUUAUCGACACGGCACACGGCAUGGGGCUGACUGUUCUUCUCGAUAUUGUCCAUUCCCAUGCUUGCAAGAAUGUUCUUGACGGGAUAAAUGAGUUCGAUGGAACUGAUCAUUUGUACUUCCAUGAGGGACCCAAGGGUCGACAUGACCUUUGGGAUAGCCGUCUCUUCAACUACGGCAAUCAUGAGGUGUUGCGAUUCCUCUUGAGCAAUCUUCGAUUCUACAUAGAGGAAUAUCGGUUCGACGGAUUCCGGUUUGACGGUGUGACCAGCAUGAUGUAUACGCACCACGGGGUCGGAGCCGGCUUUUCGGGUGGAUACCACGAAUAUUUUGGUGACUCUGCUGAUCUUGAAGGAAUUGUCUAUCUUAUGUUGGCAAACGACGCCAUGCACUCGUUAUACCCGAAAGUCAUCACUAUAGCCGAGGAUGUCUCCGGGAUGCCUUUGCUCUGCAUCCCUGUAAAUAAAGGUGGUGUCGGAUUCGAUUAUCGCCUGUCCAUGGCUAUCCCGGACAUGUGGAUCAAGUUAUUGAAACACAAAAAGGACGACGAGUGGGAUAUGGGCGAUAUUGUGCAUAUUCUAACAAACCGGCGAUAUGGUGAAAAAAGCGUGGCAUAUUGUGAGAGCCAUGAUCAGGCGCUCGUGGGAGACAAAACGCUUGCGUUUUGGUUGAUGGACAAAGAAAUGUAUACUCACAUGUCCGACUUGACACCGCUGACGCCUGUCAUAUCUCGGGGCAUCGCGCUGCACAAGAUGAUUCGACUUCUGACGCACUCUUUGGGCGGCGAAGGAUACUUGAAUUUUGAGGGGAACGAGUUUGGACAUCCCGAAUGGCUCGACUUUCCCCGAGAAGGUAACGGCAACUCCUUCCACUAUGCGCGCCGCCAGUGGAACGUUGUCGAUGACCCUUUACUUCGGUACAAGUACCUCAGCAAUUUUGAUAGCGCGAUGAACUGCGCAGAUGAGAAGUAUGGCUGGCUCUCUGAUCACCCGGCGUACGUGUCCCUGAAACACGAGGUCGACAAAGUGAUUGUAUACGAACGUGCCGGUCUGCUAUUUGUAUUCAACUUCCAUCCAACGCAGAGUUUCACGGAUUAUCGAGUUGGGGUAGAUGAAGCGGGGGAGUACAGCGUGGUUUUGACAAGCGAUGAACCGAGGUUCGGCGGUUUCGAUAAUGUCAGGUUAGGUGGACAAUACUUUACCACCUCUAUGGAAUGGAACAAUAGGAAGAACUGGCUUCAGGUGUACAUUCCGACUAGAACCUGCUUGGUUCUGUCGAAGCAAUGAAGCGACUAAAUUUGUACCACGAUGAAAUUGAAGGCGUUCGAGGCGUUCCUGCAUGUAAACAGUAGAUUUCGUUUCUUUAUCGGUUUGUACAGCAGAGCAAAUAUAUGGAUAGCAAUGGGGACGAGGAAAAGGAAAAUAUAAUCAGUCGAUCAUGAUCGGACAUGAUCUCGGACUCGAGGCCGU